AUGUUUUUUGUCUUUUUGAUAGCAAAUAUACACUUAAUUAAAUCUUAGAAUUGCUAUACAUUUGAUGAAAAAAUCAUUCUGGGAGAUUAUUAUUCUAAAAUUGAGGGUUAGACAAUGGUUACACUUUAAUAUAAGUCGUAUGUAUUAUUGAUAUAUUAAAAAUAGGAAGAGUGUUAAAUAUAUUCUCAGAUUGAUAAAUUAAAAUUGAGAUUUGAAUCAAUAUUUAUUGAAAAUCUCAUAUAUGUUUACACAACCAAUAUCUAUUAGAAUUAGUCAUUAUAAUUUAACAAAGAUUAUAAUAUCAAAUUGGGUUAAAAAUCUUUAAUUUUGAGAUUACCUUUAAAAAAUGGAAACCAACCAUUUUCUAUAUUAAACCAUUUUAGAGAUUUAUAAAUAUUGAUUUAAAACUCAUCUUUAAGAUUAGAAACAGAGAAAUUAGAUGUGAGUAGUGUUUAGAUUGAAUCAAUAGCAUUAAUUAUAAUAAAUUAUUGUAAUAUAAGUUAGAUAAUAUAACAUUUGUAGAUCAAUUUAGAUUUUUGGUUGGUUUUGAUUGGUGAUUAGAAUUGUAAGUAUUAAUUAUAGCAUUUAAAAUAUGAUACUUUUAUAUCAUAAUAAUCAAAUAGUUAAUAAAUAACAUUUUUAAAGGGAAAUAAGUUUAAAAGUAAUUAUAAAAUUGAAUUCUAAAUUAAUAACUCAAGUUUUCUUUAAUUACAAUAUUUACAUAAUGAUAAUUUAUUGUAAACUGAAUUAAUAUAAAAAUCAUAUCUAAUUUAAUAAAAUUAUGGGGAUAAUUGUGAUCCUUAUGGUCAAAGAAUAAGUUUAGGAUAUUAUUAUACAAAUUAUGAUAAAUUAGAUGACAUAAUAGAUAUUGCAUAUAAUACUUAAGUAAAUUUAUUAAUAUUUUAUAGUCUUAUUGUCCAUAAGGAUUCUUACAUAUAUUUGAUUAGAAUGGUAUAGAUUAAUGGAUUAAGAUUAAAGAGAUUAGAAUUUUGAAUAUGAGUAAGGUUUAUGAGAAUUCAAAUUCUACAUUUACUUAUGUGACAUAUAUAAAUAUAGUAUCAUUAAAUUCUUAUGUAAUUCAGAGAUUAGGUUAAAUAUACUAUUAUGAAAUUUAUGGAGCUAUUGAUAUUAAAAGCAAAUAAUAUUAAUUCAAGGUACCUUUAAAAUAAUAUGAUAAUAAAGAACAUAAGAUAAUUUUCUUUGGAGAUAUGGAUUCAAAUUGGACUGGUAAUAAAUCUAAAUAAACUUUUGAUUGGUUUUAAUCAAUUCAAUAUAAUUAAAGUGAUUAUGAUAUAUUAAUAUUUGAGGGAGAUAUGGCCUAUGAUUUAGAAUCUCUAGAUUGUUAAUAAGGAGAUUGGUGGUUAAGGAAUAUGACUACAUUUACAUCUUAUUAUCCAUAAUUAACAACACCUGGAAAUCAUGAUUCAGGAUAAAAUUAUGAAUUCGAUUUUUAUAGAAUAUCAUUUCUAACACCUGAAAAAUCUUAAUAUAAUACAAGAUAGAAUUAUUAUAAUUUUUAUAGUGUAGAUUUGGGUUUAGUUCAUUAUGUAUUUUACAAUCCAACUAGAAUGGUUUAUAAUGAAAGUAAUUAAUAAGAAAUAGAUGAAAUGGUUUAGAUUAUGGAAAAUGAUUUAUAUUAAGCAAAUUAAAAUAGAGAGAAUGUUCCAUGGAUAAUAGUAAAUAGUCAUUUCCCUAUGUAUUGUAGUGAUGCAAAAGAUAAAUAAUGUUCUUAAAAUUUUAUAUUUUUAAAACCAUUUGCUGAAUUAUUUACAAAAUAUAGAGUGGCUAUUUAUAUGUCUGCUCAUUAACAUAAUUAUGAAAGAGAUGCUCCUUUUAUUAAUAAUUAAUCUUAAGUAAACACUGGAUUAAUUACUGAUGGACCUGAAUAACAUCUUGUUAAAAACUCUGCUGCUCCUAUAUAUAUAGUUGAAGGAUCUGCUGGAUAAGAAUAUUAUACCCCAUUAGUACCAUGUAUAUAAAUAAAUAAUAUAUAUAGAUGAAAGUUAACCAUAUACUGUAUUUUAAACAGGUUAUAAUGAUGGAGUAGGUAUUAUGACUAUUCAUAAUUCAACCCACAUCUAUUUUGAAUAAAUUGAUCUAGUAACAUAAUAAGUAGUAGAUUACUUUUGGUGUAUUUAAGAAAGAUAAACCAAUACUGAUAAAACCAUAAAUAUAAUAUUAUGGACUUUAUUAGGAUUCUUAAUACUAGGUAUAUUAGGAAUUGGAAUUUUUUAUUUUAUUCGAAGAUAGAAAAUAAAAGAGCAAUUACUGCCUUGA